CCUGAAGCAGAUUAAUCGUGUGAAAGGGACCUAGAAGGUGAAAACCAUGCCGAAUAAAAAGAAAAACAAUCAAGCAAGGAACCCUUUUUACUUCUUUAUGGUUUCUUUGCGGCCCCAACUAGAAAGGCAGGGGGUAGUUUUAGAAAAUGGCAUGAGAUCAUUGGCAGAAAUUGCUGGCCCUCGAUGGAAGGAACUACCUGAGCAUGAGAAAGAGGUAUAUCAAGAAAUGGCUCGGCAAGACAAAGCAAAUAAGAAAUAUCGCCCUGGCCGAAAUGAUAAAAUGGACUGCACUGGAGAGUAUAUAUCUAGACGUGUAGAUACUGUAAGUUUGAAUGAAAAACGAAGGAAAGAAGAAAGAGAAGAAGUAAAGAGAGGUUGGUUACCGGGAAGAGCCAUAUGUGAUGAAAAGUUCUAUAUGAUUGGGUUCAUGUCCCUGUAUGAUCUUCCCGAUGAAGGAUUCCUUCCUUGUGAGUUAGGUGUAGUGGAAUAUUCGCUGAAUGGAGGAAUAAUGCGGAAGAUGCACUAUUUUAUCAAACCUGGAGAAAUAAGAGUAGGCCUUCGGUACACAGCUGUGAGUACAAGUAAGAAGUUUCAUAAGGUGAAUAUUGGUGACCUUUUCAAAACAAAAGUGAUGUUUAAAGUAUACAACAGAAUAAUGGUUGAUAUUUAUGAUUUUAGUAAGGAGUAAAAAGAACUUAAUUGAUUUUUAUCUCUCACUUUUCAGAUAUCAGAAACAAAACAAACUGAGUAUUGCCUUCAGUGGUUGGCUAGAAAAGCAGAAAUGCCAAACAAAUUGAAGAAAGUGUACGAGUUAGAGGGAGUAAUAUGUGACUUACACUCACAUUUCACGGCUGAAUCUGGUAGUACCAUGGGGAUUUCCAAGUCAAAGGCAACAGAGCUUAUCUCCAGUACUAUUUUUGAUUAUGAACCAAAUUCAAGGUGUGACUGGCACGAAAAACAGGAAGUAAAGUUCUGUGCUUUGGGAACAGUCUUGCGAUACUGCUACUGCAUAUCAGAUUUCUUGUGCUCAGUUUAUGGAAUCCCACUGACUCCAAACCAUGUACCAGAAAGACCAGAUGGAGUCUUCUGUACUGUGAUUAAGCCUGCAGAUAGCAAAGGAUCAUCCUCUCGAGAAGAAGCACAGCCCAGAUAUUCAAAUAGACCUGUGGAAGAUAAUAGGCCUUUUGCCUCAAGAGAUUAUCGCUAUUUUAAUGGUGGAGCCAGAAGUAAAGGUCUUUCCAGUAAUCAAGGUGUGUAUACUCGCUCAGGACCCACCUAUGACCAACAAAGUCUGCAUGAUGACAGUGAUGAUGACACUGUAUGCACGAGGAGAGCUCAAGCACCACCACAGUCUACAGCUUGGCAGUUUCCACAAAGUCGUCAGGCCCAAGCCCAGCAACCAACAUCUACCUUUGGAGUGGGUAGAGGAAGGGGAAGGGGACGUGGUAUUCAACUGUCACAGCCUCUUCGACGACCAAACCUUCCCGGCAUGGCAGCAAGAGGAGUCUUAGCUCAUCAAGAAACAUCUUGGAGCAGUAUUGCUAUCACGAAUAAAGCGUCACCCCUUGAAGGUAAUACGACAGCAUGGGCCGGAACAGAUUUUCCGCCACACCCAGUUGGCCGAGGUGCAUCACGACCAUUGAACAAUCAACCACGGGCCUAUGCUGGGGCAUUGAAUCCACCAGCUGCCGCUCAGGCACCAAUGCCGCCAACAGCCUGGCAACAACCAGCUUGGCAACAACCAGCCUGGCGACCAGGGAGUGGUGUAGCAUCACAGAUGAGUUCCCUUUCCUUGGAUGACUGACACUUUCUUCAGAAAUGUGUAAAUUUCACCAUGUCUCUUUGCAAGGCGUACUCUUUCAACAGAGUUAUGAAAUUUUCCUUCAUGUGAUCAGUAUGCUUAAAUCCUGAAAGCUCUGCUGAAAAAGAGAAGUCAGUCUAUGACGCCUUUCUACGAAAUAUAUUACUUAUAAUUUUGAUCUUUAAGAAAUCGCCAUUCCUUAUUUUUGAACCACAAAGUUCUAAGCCUAACGCACUAUCUGUUUUCGUAUAAUAAACUGAAUUCCACCUGCAUUUUGAUGGGUUCUCAAAAACGAUCUAGUAGAUGACGACACCAUGAACAACAGUUUUGCUUCUUACUUAUGUAGUAAAAAUAGAUUCCUUAUUGCCGUGUGUCUGUUUAGUAAUAACCACGACAGGACAAAUUGCCCAAUUCUAAGUUACACACGUUUACAACUGUGCUACAACUUUGCUCACGUGUUACAUAAAAGUACACUCGUUUUCAGCCAAUCAGAAGCGCGUAAUUUUUUUCAGGUACAUUAGCAAUGCAACAAAUGGGAAAUACAAAAUCCUUUUUUGAGAUUAUUUCUAACAGCUAUAAUUUAAUUUAUGUCAUUAUAUAGAUACUGAUGAAAUACCAGGAUAUUCCCUUUUACUGGAAAGUCAUAUCUUCAUCGCGCGCAGUGAAGAUACUAUUUUUAUCUUUCACGUGUGAGGAUAUUGGUGUUGCCGUGGUUACUAACAUGAUUAGCCAAUUACAAGAGAGCUUCCCGCUCAGGCACGUGGCUGGUUCGCACGUAUCCCCGCGCGGCCAUGUAAUAUCCUCUAUUUCUUAUUAUAUAAUAAGCUCAGUUAUGCACGCAUUCUGAUUGGUUCUCACUUAUGAACUAUUGGAGGAUAGACGUAUAGAUGACGUC